AUGCAUCCACAGCCCAUUUCAACUGCAGGAGCGGCUGGAGAUUGGAAUGGAAAUGAAGCUGAACCAGACAUUGUUGAGAUAAAUAAAGAUCUGAAUCUACGUGAUGGAGACAUACAAGUGAUAACUGGCCAUGACAGGAACAUUGUUCUGGAAGAGCAGAGGAUAUGGGAGAUACCGGUCCCAUAUGUGCUGGAUGAGAGCCUCGACUUAAAUGCCAGGGGAGUUGUUCUACGGGCUUUUGACCAAAUACGGCUGAAAACAUGCAUCGACUUCAAACCCUGGGAAGACGAACCAAACUACAUCGUGGUCAUCAGGGACGAGGGAUGUUGGUCAUAUGUCGGGAAUCAACGUCAAGGCAACCAAAGUCUCUCUAUUGGAGAAUGGUGUGAUCACCUCGCCAUUGUGGAGCAUGAGUUCCUUCAUGCAUUGGGCUUCUGGCAUGAACAGUCAAGAUAUGACAGAGAUGAGUACAUCACCAUAGUCUGGGAAAACGUGGAAGAAGGAAAGGAACACAAUUUCUUGAAACACAGUGCAAAUCAUACAACCACAUUUGGAACGCCGUAUGAUUACGCCUCUGUGAUGCACUAUGGAAAAGAUGCCUUCUCGAAUGGCAACGGGUCCACCAUCAUCGCUAACCAACCGGAGUACCAAGACGUGAUUGGUCAGCGUCUAGAAAUGAGCUCCAAUGAUGUACGGAAACUCCAACAGCUUUACAACUGCACAUCUGCCGUCACCUUUCUGAUGUCGUGCAGCUUUGAGGACGAGAGGAUGUGUGAUGUGAUUGUUUGUGCUGCAGGGAACAGCAGCUGGGAGAGAGUCGGCAGCACCAUCGCCGGGCCGUUCUCCGACCACACCAGCCUGAGUGCACAGGGAGGUAAGGACCCGCAGGACCUCAGCUCCUUCAUGCACUGCACCACAUCUUAUGGAAAAGAGGGAGAUGGCGCCAAAAUGCAGAGCAGGAAAAUGAAUCCAAGGAGGCCACUUCAGUGUCUCCAGUUUUUCUAUUUUCACAGUGGCAGUGACAGAGACCAGCUCAACAUCUGGAUCAGAGAGUACGACAGGGAUGCUCAGGAAAGCACCUAUUUAAUGGGACAGAUCACAGGUCCACCAACAUCCCACUGGCAGCUCCAUCACAUUCCUCUCAAUGCCACCAGGCCCUUCCAGGUGGAGUUCGAGGUUCGUAAAGGAGCAGGGAACUCCUCUGGGGGGUUUUCGGUCGAUGACGUCAGCCUGUUUGAAGCUGAGUGUCCACAUCAUAUCUGGCACAUUCCCAAUUUUGACCACUUUCUGAUAGACAGCAGCAUCGGAACAAGCUUACUGAGCCCACACUUCUUAACCAGACAGGGCUACGGCCUCCAGCUCCUGCUGUAUCGCUACCCCGACCACUUCGGUAUUUUCUUUCGGCUGGUGUCCACAGAUAACGAUGAGCAGCUCCAGUGGCCGUGUGCGGGGAGACAGAUGACCGCCUCAUUGCUGGACCAGAGUCCCCACGUCCAGCAGCGGAUGUCCAAGCAAAUAAGCAUCACAACCAAUUCAGAGAGCACGUUCAGUGGAGAUAAUGGCGAGACACUUCAAUACUGGGAUAACCCCAGGAAGGUGGGGCAUCUCAUCAACGACACCAACGGAGAGUCGUACUAUGCUGGUCCGAACCUCGGCUACAGGACUUUCCUGUCUUCCAAUGCAUUUUGUCCUUCCACAGGAACCAUGAUUCCCAUGGUGACAGCCUCACUGGCCCUGAUGGCAGGAACCCUCCGCUUGACGACCUGA